CAUUAUCCUGACAACAAUUUUAUUGGAAAAGAAAAAAUAAAAAUUUUCUACAUUGACUUUUUGCAUUUAUGUAUAUUUAAGAACAUUUUCCUAACGCAAUUUUACUAACUUAAUUAGCCAAGUAAAUUAGUUCUCUCUAGAUUCUAGUUGACCUACAAACCUUACUAUGUGCCAUAAUCUAAUCAAUUUCAAUUGAUUUCUGACUAAAAACUAAAAGAAAAAACGAAGCACCGACUUCAAAAACUCGAUCAUGGGUUUAGUUUCUUUUUCGAGAGUGAUUUUAGCUGGAUUUUUAUUCGUUUGCAUAAUUCCAUCGUAUAGCGAUGCAACACGAGUUCUUGAACUUAGUGACCGAUUCAUUGACGUCCGCCACGAAAGCCAAUGGCUGGUGAUGUUCUAUGCACCGUGGUGUGCUUACUGCAAACGCACUGAACCCGUCUUCGGGCUGGUGGCACAGUCUCUGCAUAGUACAAAUGUGAGAGUCGGCAGGUUAGACUGCACACGCUUUCCUGCAGCCGCCAAGGAAUUCCGCAUUCGUGGCUAUCCCACCAUCAUGUUCAUCAAGGGCAACAUGGAAUUCACCUACAGUGGUGAUAGAACCAAAGAAGACCUAGUCGACUAUGCCCUUCGCAUGAGUGGGCCACCCGUGCAACUAGUCACUCGGACGGAGAGCGUGGACAUGCUUAAGGACGCUCACACCUUGUUCUUUAUGUUUGUCGGCCAACAAGAGGGCGUUGUUUGGGAUACUUUCUACGCAGCCGCCGAGAGCUAUCAAGAGCAUGGUUUCUUCUAUGCCACGACUGAAGAUAUUGCUCAGCAACAUUUCGACAUCGAACAUCUGCCAGCUGUGCUGGUUUACAAGGAGGAGGCUCAGCAUAUGUACGCUCAUGCGCAUGUGGCUCAUGAAAUGGAUCCCGCCGAAGUCAACGAAACCAUUCAUCAUUGGGUGAAUGUUGAGAGGUUUGUCACAUUCCCAAAGAUCACCCGGUUUAAUAUUCAUCAAUUGAUGAAGACCAAGAAGUAUUUGGUUGUCGCUGUGGUGGAAGAGGACAAAUUGAAUCAGGUCGCCACGCACGAGUUGGAGUUCCGUGAUAUGGUCGAAGGAGUUAUACGAAAGUAUCGGGAUCGCUAUCACGAUCAGUUUCAAUUUGGAUGGAUUGGUGACCCCAGUAUAGCCCAUUCGAUUGUGAUGGACGCACUGCCAACACCUCACAUCAUUGUCAUCAAUUCAACAACCCAACAUCAUCACAUCCCCGAAGACGAUCCCAUGCAGAUGACUCCACAAUCUCUGCACAUUUUCCUCGAGUCGAUAAGCAAUCAGACUGCAAUUGUCUAUGGAGGGGAUACCUUCCUAGUGCGCUUGUAUCGCGCAUGUUUCGAAGCUAAAAAAUCCCUACGAGAAAUGUGGCUUGGAAACCCGGUGCUGACAACAGUUCUUUUCGGACUGCCACUGGGAUUCCUCGCUCUCAUUUUGUAUUCUAUAUUCUGUGGAGACUGUUUGGACGCAUCCGAAGAAGACGAAGAGGAGCACGAAAAGAAGGAGUAGGACUCUGUGAAAGAUUUCCUAAAAAGUCGAUUCAAAUUAAAUUUUAAAUGUUGUACAUUUUUGUUGUGAUCUCAGUUCAAAAAAAAGAAGCAUUUUCUUUUGUAUUUUCUUUUUUUAUAUUUUGUUAAUUUUCUUAAGAAACAUUUUUAUUCUCCUGAGUUCUUAUUUUUCAUCUCUUCUUCUCAUAAAAAUGUGUAAAUGUUUUUUUUUCUUUGUCAUAGUUACAGCUAUAAGUUUUUAAACGAUAACAAAUUAUUAAAUUAUUUUGAAAAAUA